AUGGAGAUUAUGUCUUCUUCAACUCUCGCUCAUAGCAGACUUUUUGCUCAACAAAUACCACUGGAUGAGCUAUUGUUGUUCUAUUACUAUUGUUGUUCUGUUACUGAAUACAAUAUCAAGGUUAGGUCUUGGAUAACUUUUGAUACAAGCGAUUCUUCUUUGGGCUACUCUUCUUCAAAACACUUUGAAACCACAAUGGUUACUCUUACUUUAGCUGUGGGCGUUUGUGGUGCAAGAGCUGCUCUUAUUGACCGAGGACGGAGACGAUCUGGUUGUUUUCUUUACAAACAUGAAAUGGAUAAACGUGAUGCCCCUCUUGUCAGUGAGCUUGUUGAGCAUUUCUCUAAGGUCAACCAUCCAGACUUCUAUCUCACGUACCAGGAUAACCAGAAGGGAGCUAUGGAUUCAAGUGGCUUUUCAAACUUGAUGUCGAUAGAUUUUGAGUCUCAAGGAGUUGUUGACGCUGAAGCAGAACAUAAUGAUGCCAUGGAAGAUGAUUAUGAACCGGUAAAAGAGAGGGUUUCUGCCAAUGCUGAUGGCUAUCUAAAUAAGAGAAAGAAACAGCAGGUUCAGGCUGAGGAUGAUAAUGGCAAAGGGAUGUCAUCUAAGGCGCAAGAGAGAAAGAUGCAUAAGGGAAAGGGUGAUCAUGGUGGCAAAGGGAAGCCGCAAAAGAAGAAACAAAAGACUGCUGAUUCUGAAGACGAGUCAGGUGAUCAUGAUAACGGAAAGUCACCGGCUCAGAAACAGAGGAGACAAUACUCACCCGUGUGGCAAGAUUUUGUAAUGGUUACUAAGAAAGAUGGCUCUGAAAAAGCACAAUGCAAGCACUGCAAAAUUGAAUACGCACAUGACUCUCACAACAAUGGGACUAAUAUGGUGCUCAAUGCAGAAGCAAAACUGCAAGCAAAGAAGUAUGAUCACACUGUUUUUCGUCAGAUGGUAGCAAAGUGUAUCAUUCUGCAUGAUUUACCAUUUUCAUACGUUGAAUAUGAGAGGGUCAGAUCUGUUUGGACAUACUUGAAUGCAGAUGUGAAGUUUAUCAGUCGCAACACAGCUGCAAAAGAUGUUUACAAGUUCUAUCAGAGUGAGACAGAUAUUCUGAAAAAAGAAUUGGCUACUCUUCCUGGAAGGAUUAGCUUUACUUCUGAUCUGUGGACGGCAAUCACACAUGAAGGUUAUAUGUGUUUGACAGCACACUACGUAGACAGAGACUGGAAAUUGAAGAACAAGAUUCUUUCGUUUUGUGCUCUACCACCUCCACAUACAGGUUUUCAGCUAGCUAUGAAGAUUAUUGAUGAAAUGGAAGAAUGGGGUAUUGAUAAAAAAGUGUUUUCAGUCACACUUGACAAUGCUACAAACAAUGAUUCUAUGCAAGAUAUCUUGAAAUCUCAGCUUGUGCUGCGAAAUGAUUUGGUCUGUGGUGGAGAAUUCUUUCAUGUUAGAUGUUCUGCGCAUAUCCUCAACCUUAUUGUUCAAGAUGGACUCAAAGUAAUCGGCAAUUCCUUGCAUAAGAUCAGAGAGAGUAUCAAGUUUGUCAAAGCAUCUGAAUCUCGUGAGCUGCUCUUUGCUAAAUGUGUUGAAUCUGUACGUAAAAAAGAGAAGGCUGGGUUGCUUUUGGAUGUUACCACAAGAUGGAAUUCAACAUAUAAAAUGAUUUAUAUGGCCCUGAAGUAUCAAGCAGCGUUUGGUCAUCUCAAACUUAUUGAGAGGAGUUACAAGUUUCACCCAAGCGAGGAUGAGUGGAGAAGAUUGCAGGAGAUGUGUAAUUUCUUGAAGCCCUUUGAUGAGAUUACUCGCCUCAUGUCAGGAUCGACAUAUCCUACGUCCAACUUGUAUUUCAUGCAAGUGUGGAGAAUUCAAAACUGGCUGACACAGAAUGAAACCAGUAGAGAUGAUGUUGUCCGAAGAAUGGUUAUACCGAUGAAGGAGAAGUUUCAAAAUAUUGGGAAGAAGUCAGCGACAUCUACCUUGCUUAGCGCCUAUGAGAACAAGGAAACAUCGAAUUCUCCUUCUGCAGAAACACAUGAAGCUGCUCCAGACCAAGUUGCAGAGGAUGAACAAAGUGGAAAUUUCAGCAAUUAUGAUGACUUCUUUUCAUUCUGCAAAGCAAAUGUUGUUGUUAGUGGAAAAUCGCCACUAGAGAUAUACCUCGAAGAACCACCUAUAGACGGAAAGGUGUUUGCAAGUUUGGAUAUCCUGGACUACUGGAAAGAUAACUCGAAACGUUUUGGUGCAUUGGCUUUAGUGGCGCGUGACCUUCUCAGCAUACCUAUCACAACUGUAGCUUCUGAAUCGUCUUUCAGCAUUGGCGCUCGAGUUUUGAACAAAUACAGAAGUCUUCUACUACCAAAACAUGUUCAAGCACUAAUAUCUAGUCGAAAUUGGUUAAAGGGAUUUGAAGCUUACGAAAAUGAGGAAGAUGAAGCGUAUGUUGAUGAUGAGACAUUACCAUCCUUUGAAUCCAUUGUCGGUAAAAAAGAUGGUGGUUGA